AGCACGCACCGCCAUCAAUUUUGGAGAGAACUUUGUCUAAAAUGUCUCGUCGGCGAGCCUAUAGCGAUAGUGACGACGAAGAAAAUCGGUCAAGAAAGAGAAGGCGUACUGUUGAAAAUGUUGACAUAGAGGAUCGGCUCGAGUCUCUCAUCAUGAGAGUGGGAGAAAAGAGUACCUCAUCCCUGGAGAGCAACCUUGAAGGCCUUGCCAGUGUCUUGGAAGCUGAUUUGGCAAAUUAUAAACUCAAGAUCAUCAAGAUAUUGGUAGAAUGCGUGACACGAAUGCCCGAGAAAGUGACUGUCUACUCCACCCUUGUUGGUCUUUUAAAUGCCAGGAACUAUAAUUGUGGAGGAGAGUUUGUGGAGAUGUUGGUCAGGAAUUUGAAGGAGUGUCUCAAAUCUAAUGAAUUCGAACCAGCCAGGAUGAUUGUCCGGUUUCUGUCUGACCUUGUCAACUGCCAUGUGAUCGUAGCAGGGUCUUUACUUGCGAUGUUUGAUAACUUUGUGGAGGUCACAUUGGAGGAUAACAUCCCACAGGUGAGGUCUGAUUGGUAUGUGUAUGCAGUCCUUUCAUCCCUGCCUUGGGCUGGCAGAGAACUGUAUGAGAAGAAGGAAGCUGAGUUCAACAGGAUGCUCCUCACUAUUGAAAAUUACCUCAGUAAGCGCCAGAAAGUCCAUUUGCCAGCAUUGAAAGUUUGGUCAAGUGAUGACCCACAUCCACAGGAAGAGUACCUGGAUGCCCUCAUGGCCCAAGUCAAGACACUCAAGAACAACAAGUGGAUUGAGAAGCAGAUUGUUCGUCCCUACCUGGCAUUUGACGGGAUCCUUUGUGAGGCAUUACAACACACGUUACCCCAGAUCAUCCCGCCUUCACAUCAUGAAGAAGCUGAGUACCCCUUCCCUGCUGUCGUCUUUAGGCUGUUUGACUUCACAGAUGUGCCAGAGGGCCCAAUCCUGCCAGGAAGUCAUGCUAUAGAGAGAUACCUGAUUGAAGAACAGCUCCAUAGGAUUCUACAUACUCAUCACUUGGAGCGGAAAGACUGUGCCGCAGCUCUGCUCAGCUUCCCCACGAAGAAUAAAAUUCCACUCAACUAUAUGAUAGUGGAGGUUGUGUUUGCCCAGUUAUUCUACCUGCCAAGAGCACCGUACCUAGAUAUCUUCUACGGUUCAUUGCUGAUUGAACUCUGCAAGCUACAGCCAGGAUCCAUGCCACAAGUUCUUGCUCAGGCGACCGAGUUGCUCUACGAUCGUCUUGACGCCAUGAACACAGCUUGCAUUGAAAGGUUUUGCAACUGGUUCAGCUAUCACUUGAGCAACUUCCAGUUCCGCUGGAGUUGGGACGAUUGGGUGGCAUGUACUCAGAUGGACCCAGAGCUUCCAAAGCCAAAAUUCAUCCGGGAAGUCGCCUUAAAGAUCAUGAGGCUUUCAUACCACCAGAGGAUUGUGGAUAUCUUGCCUGAUGAGUUCGAACCACUCCUGCCCAUCAAACCUGGUCCACAUUACAAGUAUGAGGACGAAGGAGCCGGCAGCCUUCCUGGCACUAUGGUUGCUCACAAGCUGAUGCAGGCUGUGAAAUCCAAGUGCUCCCCAGAAGAGGCCUUGGAAAUCCUCAGGGAGUUGCCCAACCCCAUGGAUGAUGAUUCUGACUCCAGUUUCAAAUACCACCCCCUGAAGAUAGACGUGUUUGUGUCGACCAUCCUGUAUCUUGGAAGUAAAUCAUUCAGCCAUUCAUUCGCUGCCAUAGCCAAGUUUCACUAUUUGUUCAAAGCGUUUGGUGAGGCAGAGGAGAGUCAGAUGUACAUCCUCAAGUCUAUGUAUGAGGUCUGGAAGGAUCACCAACAGAUCCUUUCUGUCCUUGUUGACAAGAUGCUGAAGACGCAGAUCGUUGAGUGUUCGUCUGUUGCCAAUUGGUUGUUCUCGAAUGAAAUGAUCCGGGACUUCACCAGUUUCUAUGUGUGGGAAAUCAUGCACGCCACCAUCAAGAAGAUGAACAAACAUGUUGCUAAGCUACAGAAGGAAGUGGAGGAUGCCAAAGAUAGGUUGGAGGCAGCGCAGAGAAAGCUUCGUGAUGGAUUUGAGGACGAUAUUCGAGAUGAAGACAUCCCAUCAGAUGAGAUGAUAGAGAGAAUGGAAGAGCGGCUUGAAGGAGCACAGAGUGAACAGAAAAAUCUAUUCCUUAUCAUUUUCCAGCGCUUUAUCAUCAUUCUGACUGAGCAUCUUGCACGCUGUGAAGCGGAGGGGAAAGAUGUCAGCACACCAUGGUUCAAGUGGGUCAUUGAGAGACUGCAGCAGACUUUUCUCAUGCACCAUGAGCAAGUCUACAAGUACAUCCAGACCCUGGAGACUUUGAUGUUCACCAGCGACACUGACAGUCACAUCCUUGAGGUGUUCCAGCAGUUCUGCUCACUCAAGUCAUGAGGAAUACCACUAGUACAAAGUCAAGGGAGGACAAGAAUAAUCAGAAAUGGACUUUAGAUAUUCUGCUUGCUUGUGAGAUGAGAAGGAAAAUGAUAACGUGUUUGUCCAGACAAGUCAUUUAAAGCUCCUCCAUUGUCAUGAGGUGUUAGAUCAUGCAUUUGUAUAGCUGUAAGAUUAGAUUAUUCAGUGUGUCAGGUGGAACAUAUAGCGGAGAAAAUGUUGUGAAGCAUUUGUUAAGUGGUAAACUUACAGAUCUUACCAACAUAUUUAAGGGGAGAGAACUGUCAACUCUGAUGUACAAGUUUGUCAACUUUUAAAGUGUGAUAAAUCCAUUUACCGGUAUGUGUUUGUAUUAUACAACCAGCAUUACAUGUAUGUGGUUGAAAAUGACAUAUUAUGUGCUCGGAUUCAAAUCGUGUAUAAGUAUUUUUGACAUUUCACAUUUAAGAGAUUUGUGAAUUGGUUUUGUGGCUUAGCCUAAUGAUCACGCGCUGUCCAAGGUAAUUUCCUUUUCCUUGAAGAUGAAAUCAUAGUGCAUGAACGGAGUACUGUGACUGUAGCUGGGAAGUUGUUGUAUGUUGUAAAGCUGUUCAAUUAUAUGAUCAACAUUU